AUGGUGCCAAAAUUCUACCAGCAUGCCUUGGCCAUGGCCUUUGCCAUCAAUGAGAUCAACAGAAAUCCAAAAAUCUUGCCCAACGUCCCCCUUGGCUUCCACAUCUGCGACAGCUAUUCUAAUGCAAGGCUGACCUAUCGGACCACUCUCAACCUUCUCUUCAAAAGGCAGAGAUUUGUUCCCAAUUACGAGCGCGAUGGACAGAAAAAUCUCCAAGCGGUCAUUGGGGGACUGGGUUCCAAAACCUCCUUUCUCAUGGCUGACAUCUUAGGUCUCUACAAAAUUCCUCAGAUGUUUGAAGGAGCAAUUGCCUUUAUGAUUCACAGAAAUGUCCAUUUGGAGUUUGGAAAAUUUGUUCAGCAUGUCAAACCUGGCUGGAACGAAAGAGAUGGUUUCAUGAAAGAUUUCUGGGAGCAAGCCUUUGACUGCGAAUUUGGAGAAACGGUUCCAGACAGUGAUAAAUGUACCGGAGAGGAGAAACUGGCUGGUCUUCCGGGGCCUGUUUUUGACACGCACUUGACUGGACACAGCUCUAGUAUCUACAAUGCCAUCUAUGCCCUGGCACAUGCUUUGCAUGCCGUCUAUUCAUCCAGAUCGAGACGCAAAACCAUGGUUGAGAAUCCAGAUGUUUUCCUUCAGCAUCUUCAGUCUUGGCAGGUGGUUCCCAUUUCGGUUUGCAACGAGUACUGCCAUCCUGGCUUUCAGAAGAAAAGUAAGGAAGGAGAAAAGUUUUGUUGUUAUGAUUGUGCUCUGUGCCCAGCAGGAAGGAUUGCAAACCAGACAGAUAUGGAUGACUGUUUCAAAUGUCCAGAAGAUGAGUAUCCAAAUGAAAACAAAACUCGAUGCCUGCCCAAACACGUCAUCUUUUUGUCUUAUGAGGAGCCUUUAGGGUGGGGUUUAGCCUUGGUUGCUCUCUCUUUUUCCCUGAUCACAGCCUGGGUCUUAGGACUUCUCAUGAAACACAAAGACACCCCCAUUGUCAAAGCCAACAAUCGAGACCUCACCUACACUCUCCUCAUCUCUCUCCUCCUCUGCUUCCUCUCGUCUUUGCUCUUUCUUGGACGACCUGGAAAGCUGAGCUGCCUCCUCCAACAGCCAGCCUUUGGCAUCAUCUUUUCAGUGGCCAUUUCUUGCGUGUUGGCCAAAACUAUCACCGGGGUUGUGGCUUUCAUGGCCCCCAAACCACGAUCCAACAUGAAGAAAUGGCUGGGAAGAAGGACUGCAACCUGCAUUGUGCUCUCCUGCUCCUUGGGUCAAGCAGGCAUUUGUUCUGUGUGGUUAGGAACAUCUCCCCCAUUCCCAGCAUUUGACAUGCAAUCGUUGACUGAAGAGAUUAUCCAAUUUUGUAAUGGAGGCAUUGUUAUUAUGUUUUCCCUUGUCCUGAGCUAUUUGGGCUUUUUGUCCCUCGUCUGCUUCACGUUGGCCUUCUUAGCCAGGAAACUGCCAGACACUUUUAAUGAGGCCAAGUUCAUCACCUUCAGCAUGGUGGUCUUCUGCAGUGUGUGGGUGUCCUUUGUUCCCACCUAUUUGAGCACCAAGGGGAAACAAAUGGUCGCUGUGGAGGUCUUCUCUAUUCUAGCCUCCAGUGCUGGUCUCUUGAUCUGCAUCUUUGCGCCCAAGAUUUACAUUAUUCUCUUGAGGCCUGAGUUAAACACCAAGGAGCAGCUUAGAAGGUGGAAAAAAGAAUGA